AAACCCCUUCCGCCGAAGCCUACUGUGGAUGACAAUGACCUUAUCGAAAACUUUCUGAGGGGCUCCGGGCCGGGUGGGCAGAAGAUUAACAAAACCACCUCCGCCGUCCAACUUAUCCACAUCCCCACCGGACUCGUCGUCAAAUCCCAGGACACCCGCUCACGGUCGCAGAACCGCGUUAUUGCGCGCAAACGACUGGCGGAGGCGCUGGACGAGAGGGAGCAUGGAGAGGCGAGUCGGAGCGCGAUCAAGCGCGAUAGGCAGAGCAAGAAGAAAAGCAGCAGGGCGAAGAAGAGCAGAAGAAAGUAUCGGAAGUUGGAGGAGGAGAAGAGCAGGCAGGAGGGGGGCGCUGCGGUUGGAGAAGAGGAUGGCGAU